AGCAGUAAAUGUCCAAAGUAAAUUAGAUUGUUUGAGGUUUCAGUAUUACACAUGUUUCUUUGUUUAGAAAUGAUUGAUAAAGACAUGGUUUAUAAGUCGUGCUGGACUUUGCGUAUAAUGAAGAAAAUAUUACCUUCUAAAACAUAAUCCGAACUUAAGACAGGACAGUAUGUUUUGUUGCCAUGGUUAUUUGAUGCUCGUACUGAUUAUACUCCAAAGCUGGACGGAGCUAGUUCAUAAUCAUCGAGUUCACACCCGUACUGGUUUACAACAUGGAAUUAUUUGUAAUAGGAGAUGUCCAGGGUACAUAGCAUGCGUCCUCAGAGGCUCAGUACAGAGAUGCAAUCUACAAGAAAGAAGCCUAAUUCAACAUUCAGACUGGAUAGACGGACAGUUUAUUUAUCGAAGAGAAAGGUUAUCGGAUAGAGGAUUUUCCGAUAACACCCAUGUAAUAGUACCCCGUCAAAAUAGCUUACCACGUAUACAGCGUUUACAAUCCGGUACAUCAACAUUAAACGAGCAUCAUCAGCAACAUGCAGAAAGACAAAGACAACAGCGACUACGAAACAACAGCCGAAUCGGAAAUGCAAUUAAUCAUGUGCUCCGAAAUGAACUUGGAAGAUCGCGGGACUUGCAAUUGCUUCAGAAUUCUACGAAUCCUGAAAUACAAAAUUUUACAUCUAUUGGGUGGAGAAACUCAAGAGACAGGACCACAAGCAGCAUUCAAAUUGAACAAAAGGAUAGUCGUACUAGUUUUACAGUAGUACAAACGACACCUUCAGUACUUCGUGCAUCUGAAGGCGGUGGUAACAGCUGUAACCCAUGUGACGGCAAUUCGGAAUGUCCUGACGGCAAUUAUUGUUAUUUCUCUUCAUCGUGUGCCAUUCGAAUAUGUCAACCUCUUUGAUAUUCAUGAUCGAUGUAAUGUGUAUUUUGUGUCAUAUGAAUUCCAAAUAAAUUAUAGAAUAAAUGAAACAGGUGU